AUGAAAGUUAUAAAAACUGAAAUUGAAAAUGUACUUAUAUUUGAACCUGCUAUUUUUGAAGAUGAUAGAGAGCUCACUGGCAUUGUUGAGGAUUUUGUACAGGAUAAUCAUUCUAAAUCGAUUCAAGGGGUGAUUCGUGGAUUACAUUUUCAAAAGGAACCUUGUGCCCAAGGAAAGUUAGUGAGAUGUAUUAGAGGAAGUGUAUUUGAUGUGAUUGUAGAUAUAAGACCACAAUCUGAGACCUAUGGUAAAUGGAUAGGUAUUGAAUUGACAGAAAAAAAUAAAAGGCAAAUAUGGAUCCCGGCAGGAUUUGCCCAUGGGUUUCAAACAUUAAGCCUUGAAGCUGAAUUUUUAUAUAAAACUACUGGUUACUAUUCUCCAAAGAAUGAAAAAUGCAUUAUUUGGAAUGACGAAACACUAAACAUUAACUGGCCGUUAGAUAAUAAUGGCAGCAAGAGAUGGCAUAUGGAAAUUAAAUUUAUUCCACUUCAAAAACAUGGCGAUGAUAGAGGUUCAUUAGUUGCCCUUGAAGAAGAAAAUAAUAUCCCAUUUACAAUCAAACGUGUUUACUAUUUAUUUAAUACUAAAAGAAAUGUUGUAAGAGGAUUACAUGCCCAUAAAAAGUUGAUGCAAGUUGCAAUUGCAGUGAGAGGCUCUUGUCGCUUUCUGCUAGAUGAUGGAAAAGAAAGAAUUGAAAUACUCUUAGAUAAUCCUGCCCAAGGUUUACUUAUUGAAUCCUUCAUGUGGCGUGAGAUGUAUGACUUUUCGGAUGAUUGCGUAUUAAUGAUAUUAGCCGAUAGCCAUUACGAUGAAGAUGAUUAUGUAAGAAAUUAUGAUGAUUUUAUUCGCCAAGAAUUAAAUGAAGCUUGUAAAAGAGUAAUUGAUUCGGGCUGGUAUAUUAUGGGGGAUGAGCUUGAAUCGUUUGAAAGGAACUUUGCAGAAUAUUGUGGGACUCGCCAUUGUAUUGGUGUGGCUAACGGCUUAGAUGCAUUAACACUUUCACUUAAGACUUGGAAGAUUUUGGGUAAACUGAAGGAUGGUGACGAGAUCAUUGUUCAGGCUAACACAUAUAUAGCCUCUAUUUUGGCGAUUACUGCAAAUAAUUUAAAACCUGUUUUGGUUGAACCCUCAAUAGAAAGUUAUAACCUCAGCAAGCAAAACAUACUUGAUGCGAUAACUGAAAAAACAAAGGCUAUUUUACCUGUACAUUUAUAUGGGCAAAUAUCACCAAUGGAAGAUAUUAUGUCCAUUGCAAAAAAAUAUGAUCUUAUAGUACUCGAAGAUUCUGCACAGGCACAUGGGGCAUCUAUCAAUGGCAAACGAGCAGGGGGCUGGGGAAAUGCCUCUGGUUUUAGUUUUUAUCCAGGAAAAAAUUUGGGCGCUCUAGGUGAUGCCGGUGCAAUAACUACAAAUUGCGAUGAAUUCAAUGAUGUGAUCAAGGCGCUGCGAAACUAUGGUUCUAAUAAAAAAUAUCAUAACUUAUAUGAUGGAGUGAAUAGUCGUCUUGAUGAAAUACAAGCGGCAAUACUAAACGUUAAACUGAAAUACUUAGAUAAUGAAACUAAUAUUCGACGGGAAAUUGCUAAUUAUUACAUCAAUAAUAUUGAUAAUAAAAAUAUUAUCAUGCCGUCUUUAAAAAACGAAGAAAAUCACGUUUGGCAUUUAUUCGUUAUUCGAUUCGGAUGUUUUUAUGCGCAGGAGAUAUCCUUACUUCUUUUUGGACAUAGUGAUAAUUACUGGAUCGUUUUAUUAAUGGUAUUUGUAGCUCCUAUAACAUCUAUAGGGACGCUAAUUAAUUCAAUAUUGAACGGUUUAGAAAGCUACAAGCAGUAUGUUUAUACAGGCAUUAUAGCUUCUGUACUUUCAGGUCUAAUAAUGAUCUUUGUGAUUGUUAAUUUCGGUAUAGUUGGCGCGUUAGUUGGUGCUUCACUUCAAUAUGCUUUAAUAGGAAUUAUAUCUUUCAUUAUUAAUAUAUAUCAGCCUUGGCUGAAGAUUGGCUAUUUAAUAGGUAAAAUUAGCACAGAUGUUAAGAAGAAUAUAGCAGAAUAUAUAUUUAUGGCUAUAGUUAGUGCUGUAUCGUUACCAUUAGGUAUGAUUUUAAUUAGAGGCUUUUUAAUAGAAUAUACCGGUUGGAAAAAUGCUGGGGAGUGGCAAGCUGUUUGGAAAAUAUCUGAGGCUUAUUUGAGUGUAAUUACAAUGGGGCUAUCAGUUUACUAUCUUCCAAGACUCAGUUCUUUAUAUGAUCAUAACUCUUUGGUUCGUGAAGUAAAAUCUGUCGCAUCAAUUGUAUUACCAAUAGUUUCAUUGAUGGCUGUUGCGGUAUAUAUCCUAAGGGAUUUCUCAAUUUCAUUAUUGUAUACUGAACAGUUCAGAGAGGCAAGGGAGUUAUUUAAAAUCCAAUUAAUAGGGGGGGCUGUGAUAACCUUAAUAGUUUUAUCGUAUAAUCAUCGCGAGUUUAUAGUAGAAACACUAAACUCUGUAUAUAAUGUAAAUUUGCAAAAAAAAGUGAUCAUUAUCGAUGAUGGGUCAUCUGAUGGAUCAUGCGAGAUUAUUGAAAAAUAUAUUGAAAGAUAUAAUUAUCAAUCUAUCACCAGGUUUUUCAGAAAGGAAAAUGCCGGUUUAGUAGACUCUUUAAAUAUGUCGCUUAAGCUUAUUGAUACAGAGUAUGCAUUCUUUAUCGCAUCAGAUGAUAUUAUUAACCCUUAUGGAUUCACUUCAAUGUUUCAGACAAUGCUGGCACAUGAAAACAUGAAUAUAGCAAUUGGAAAUGCUUACGUGUUAUAUACUGGAAAAACACCCGAGCAAAAAGUUUAUGGAAAAGAACAUUUUGACUUCUUCUCUAAAAAAGAUAGCGAGAUCAGGAAGGAUAUUUUUAUAAAUUUCCCCAAACCGUUGCUGUUACAAAGCACUAUUUUUAAAACGGCUUGUUUGAGAGAUGUUGGAGGAUGGGAUUCCAAGCUUGUAUGGGAUGAUUAUCCGAUGUUUGUUAAAUUAUUUAUGAGAAAUUCUUUUGAUAGGGGGAAUAUAUUUUUUUUUGCUGAUCUUGUUGUUUCUUUCUAUCGGCAGCAUCAGUUUAAUACAUACAAAAAUUUAUUAAAACAAUUGUCUAUGGUUGAAGAAACAUUUAAAUCAAUAGUCCCACUAAAGUAUUAUAAAGAUGCGAUUUCAAACCAGUAUGCUUUCUACUUUUUACUAUCUUUACGCGAAAAAAACAAUAAAGCAAUAAAGAAAAUAAUUAAAAAGUUGAAAACAAUUUUUAAUAUAGUAUGUAUUGAUGCUGAUAUAAUAGUGUCUGAUAAUUCAACAGAACAGAACACACGUGAAAGAAUACAAGAAUUAUGCGAGAUUCAUUCAGUUAAAUAUAUAUCAAUGGGCGGCAAUGUAGGUAUAGCAAAAGCACAGAAUGAUGGUAUUAAAUUAGGAUUAAACAUGGGCUAUGAGGACAUAUUGCUUCUUGAUGAUGAUAGUCUUCCUCAUCCGACUAUGAUUAGUUCGCUUUUAAUAGUUAGGGGUUUUGUUACUGAAAAUAUUAAAUGUUUGCCUGUAAUAUGUGCAAAUCCUUGUGAUGCAAAAGGAAACUCUUUAGCAAAAUAUGAUAAGAAACUUUUUGAUUUCAUAUAUAAUUGCCGUGAUGUUACAACAAAAAUAAUCUAUGGUUAUACUAUUGACUUGGUUAAUGCUUGUGAAAAUGAUGCCGAAUUUAUUCUUUCGUUACGUACAAAUAUCUCUAAGUCAAGAUUUUUAUCAAAAACAAGUACGGUUUUAGAGGACCAAAGAAAAUGGCUUGCUACAUAUAGCCGCGAUAACAAACAGGCCUACUUUAUUAUAAAAAACAAGAGAGGGGAGGAUAUUGGGACUGUAAGGAUAUAUGAUUUGCAGGGAUUAUCGUUUUGUUGGGGGUCAUGGAUACUCAGCGACAAGGCACAUUCUAAUGCCUCGAUUGAGUCGGCUCUUAUAAUAUACCAAUACGCGUUGAUGCGUGGAUUUAAAUCCGCCCAUUUCGAUGUGAGAAAAGGGAAUAAAUCGGUUUGCAAAUUUCAUGAAAGAUUUGGGGCAUUUAAAGUUGGUGAAACUAAAGACGAUUUUCUUUAUGACAUAGAUGAAGAUAAUAUUAUACAAUCUUUGCAUCGUUACAAGAGAUUAUUAAUCUCCCCCCUGACAGGAGUAAACAAUGUCAAAGCAACAGAUCGGCGUAGU